ACUACACACCGCUAGAUGUCGAACAGAAAAGAUCACGGGCUGAAGGAUCACGGUCUGUCGGAUGACGCCGUGGAAGCCGGCCAUGACUUCAUACACGAUGCAGAGGUAGAGGAGGAGAGGAGACACAGCGGAGACCCAAACACGAUGCCGUCGAUGGCUUCGCAGCAGAAGAAAGGCGUAAAUCUGGAAGGGAUGCAGCCGAGCAACCCGAUAGGACAGGACAAAGCUGGUAAAAAGGCGUGA